GAGCCGAACGGUUGCCUCUACCAAGAUGAACGACACCUCAUCACGAUCCCACGCCGUCUUCACGAUCCGCCUCAAGCAAAUCACCCACUCACUGCUCUCUGACGAAACCAUCGAACGUACAGCACGUAUGCGGCUUGUCGAUCUCGCUGGUUCCGAACGAGCCAAGUCGACAGAGGCCACAGGAGCGCGUCUGAAGGAGGGAGCGCAGAUCAACAAGUCGCUCACUACACUUGGUCGCGUCAUUGCUGCUCUGGCAGACCCGCGAAGACAUGGUGCCAAGGGAAGACGGCCACGGGAGGUUGUGCCAUACCGUGAUUCAGUCUUGACCUGGCUGUUGAAAGACUCUCUGGGUGGUAACAGUAAGACAGCCAUGGUUGCCUGCAUUGCCCCAGCCGACUAUGACGAGACUCUUAGUACGCUCCGUUAUGCCGACCAAGCAAAGCGCAUCCGCACACGUGCCUUGGUCAACCAGGACUGCAUGUCGGCUGCUCAGCGAGACGCCCAGAUUGCAGAGAUGUCAGAACAAAUCCGCAGUCUACAAGUCUGCGUCAAUGCAGCCAGCCAGCGUAAGAGGGAAGAAGCCACAGAGCUGGACGAGUACCAGAGGCAGGUAGCACUCAUGCAGCGUCUCAUGGAGGAGAACCGUCAUACUUCCGCAGCAAAGAUCAAGGCCCUCACGUGCGAAGUCGAAGAACUCCGUCCACUGAACGUAGCCCUACGCGCAGAGAUUGAUUCAUUGCGCCGCCAUCUCCAGCUUGCUUUAGGGGAGCUCAAGAACCCUAUCGUCCUCCCCCCACCGCGAGAGCUUGGUACACCAGACUUCGACAAGGAGGAAUGGUUGGGCGAAGGGGACGGUGAAGAGAAGGCAGUCUCUGAUGAUGAGGCCAGCGAUGGUGACUCGGAUUCUGGCUACGACGAGGGUGACCACGACGAAUUGGCGCAGGAGUUACACAACGAGGCGGAAGCAUUCCUUCAGGAUCUGGCCAUGUUCCGCAAGAAGGUUGGCAGCGACAACGAUCGCUUUGGUCUUCGCGAAACACUUGCUGAGCUCAUUGGAGGACAUUGAAGAAAUUGAGCUUCUAGGGUAAAGGCCCAGACAUUGGUUACGAAUGCAUGAGCGACGGCGUUGGGUUUAAAUUAGGUUCAAAUGCAGUAGGAUAGUAUACUAGUAUAUAGCCGGCAAGAGUAACGAGAGAUAUCCAUAAGUGGU